UCGCCCGAAACGUGCAACACACAAGCAGAACGAUCGCGAGCAGCGCGCGAGCCACAUGCAAACUGCCAAAGUGAUAGCCAAAUGCAAAUUUAAGCACUGCCAACGUGGCCUGAAAUCUGAAUCACAUUUAAGUCUAGAAAUCCAGAGCCAGCCGACAUGGAGGAGGAUCUCGAAAAGGUGCCCCGCCUGGGACUGAGGCACUUGCAGGCUGCGCUGCUGUUUAUUGGACUGGCGGCCAACACAAUUCUCCAGCUGAAUGUGGGUGUGACUGUGGUGGCCAUGACCAAUGCGACAUCGAUCAAUGAGGACACGCCCUACUACAACUGGACGGAGUCUGAGAAGUCCUACAUCCUGUCCAGCUUCUACUGGGGCUCCACACUGGCCCAGUUCCCCGCCGGCUACCUGUGCAAGCGCUUCGGCUCGAAGGCCGUCCUCCUCCUGGGCACCCUGGGCUCGGCGCUGCUCAGUGCGGCGACACCGCACAGCAUCUAUGCGGCGGGCUGGCAGGCCUUCUGCCUGAUCCGUCUGCUCCAGGGACUGUGUCAGGUGACGUGGCCCUGCAUCCACCAGCAUUUGGCCAACUGGGCACCCGAGGCGGAACGAACGCGUCUCGGCGCCUUCGCCUACACGGGCUUCGACUGUGGCAAUGUGCUGGCCAUGUAUGCGGCGGGGACGAUAGCCAGUUCGCCGCUGGGCUGGCCGGGCAUCAGUUAUGCCUCCUCGGGCCUGGCCCUCUGCUGGUGCCUGCUGUGGCUGCUGCUGGGCGCCAACCGGGCCAGCGAGGCUCGCUUCAUUGGCGCCGCCGAGAAGGAGUACAUCAUGGGCGAUCUGCAGAUGCAGCUGAGCUCCAAGAAGCGGGAGCGCAGGCGGGCCAUACCCUGGCGUGGCAUCUUCACCUCGGCACCGUUCUAUGCGCUGCUGUGUGCCCGCUGUGCGGACACUUGGGGCCUGGCCACCAUGCAGGCGGAGUUGCCGGCGUAUCUGAGCGGAGUCCUGCGCCUGGAGAUGACCAGCAAUGCGGUGUUCUCCGCGCUGCCCUUCCUGCUCAUGUGGGCCAUGUGCUACGUGUACUUGAUCGUGGCGGACACCCUGCUGCAGUACAAGUGCCUCAGUCUGACGGCGCUGAGGAAGACAUACAACAGCAUUGCCCUGUGGGCGCCCGCCUCCAUUAUGCUGGCGGUGGGCUUCGUGGGCGUGGAGCAAAAGUCGCUGGCGCUGCUGCUCGUCACGCUGAGCGUGGGCGUGAGCAGUGCGGCGACAAUUGGCAGCGAACUCAACACGAUUGACCUGUCGCCGAAUCAUGCCGGCAUCCUCGCCGGCAUCCUGAGCACCUUCACCAACCUGGUGGCCCUCUGCACGCCCCUCGUCGUGGGCGUGCUGGUCACGGAUGCCACACAGCGCAGCGAGUGGCAGCUGGUCUUCAGCCUGGCGGCUGUCGUCCUCUUUGCUGGCAAUGUGAUCUACUUGAUUUGGGGCACUGCCGUGACCCAGCCAUGGAACGAGCCGGCGGAGCAGCAGCAGCUGCAGCUGCACGACGAGGAGGAGGAGGAGCAGAAGCCCUUCCAGGCUGCCCGGCUGCAGAUACAAGGAGCAGGUGCAGAAGAAGGUGUAGCAUUAGGAUUGCAUUGUAAAGACCCAUGAGAAGAUUUAUUUUCAUUUUGAGCUUUA